AUGAUGAAUCGCUUUGGUGAUAUCGAUGUUUCAUUUAAGAGACUUCCACCUGUUUAUGGUUAUCAUGCUGAAAAACUUGUGCCGAUUGAAAAAGCACUAGAGCCUGUCGAACCUCAAAUUGAUGAACUGCCUCGUUUUAUAAAGAUAGCUAAACGUAAUUGUCAUUUUCCAUCAGAACAUGGACUAUCACGUGAUCAAUCAGCUGCUGUUUAUAUCUAUACAAUGGAAUGGGGUGAUACUACUUUAUAUCGUGUAUUAAAUAAAGCACUACGAUCUGAAAAUCGACAAGCGUUAAAGAUAUGGUUUCCAUAUUUAAAACUAUUUGAUACAGCAUUGGAUAAGUUACCUACUGUUAAAGAGGCGGUAUGGAGAGGCGUGCCUCUUGAUAUUGGCAAAAACUUCGCCGAAAACCAAAUUGUGACGUGGUGGAGUGUUAAUUCAUGUUCGUCAUUGGUCAAAGUUAUUAAAAAUUUUCUUGGUAACGACAAAAACUCAACUCUUUUUCUUAUUGAAGCUGUUAGUGGAAAAAAAAUUUCUGAAUAUACAGAAUAUGAAAAUGAAAAUGAAGUUAUUUUACGAAUGGGCUCACAAUUUCGUGUGAAAAGCGACCCCUUAGAGCAAUCGAAUGGCUCCCAUCUUGUACAUCUAAUUGAAAUUGAUGACAACGACGAUCAACCAUUAGCAUCAGGUAUGAAUGAAAUGCAACUGACUGCAAAACCACCAAAUAAAAGUAUGUCGCAUAAGUUAUUUAUACGUUUUCUCAAGAAAAUGACGUUUUGUAUGAUACAUAUGUGUGAACCAAGAAAAAAAUGUCUAAAUACUGAUUGGUUUAUAUACGAUAAAGACAGAAAUUAGAUAAUUGUAUAAAAAUAUUUAAUUGAUGAAGAGAAAAUUAUAAUAACGAAAUUUCAACAAAUGCAAAAGAAUGUUUGAUUUUUUUUUGAAUGAAAACUUUUUCACGAAUUAUUUUCAUCAAGAAAAUAGUAUUUAGUAGAAUUUAACCGCUUUAACAGCUCCAAGUGAUUCCAUCCAACCCGUGGAUCCGACAUCGAACUGUCUGAGAAAAUCACGUUGUUUAUCAAAACCUAGUCGGAUUAGGUCUGGGUUUUCGUCAAAAGAAAUCAUUUCAAAUCUAGUAAUUCUGUUAUGUCGAACUUCUCGAAAUCUUUCUCUUUAAAACAAUUUGACGACACUUGAAUGAAGGUUAACAGAAUUCUGUUGAUUAUUGCUCUCAGCCUUUCACCUAUAUACUCAUUCUCGUCCGUCCAAUAUUUAAGCUCUUUGGAUUCCGCUGCUUUCUUAAGUUGUCUGAGUUCCAUGAACCUUUUCACUUUAAAAAAAUUUUCGUAUUGUGGCAAACUCCGACAAUAGGAUGUAUCAAAAAAUCUUGCAAAACUUCUAGAGUUUUAUCAAAUUGAAAUUCAGUAUCCGUAACUUUGCAAUAUGCUCAAAGUUCUUCAGCUAAUAAUAUCAUCUAAAACUCCGAAAGACUUACAAUUGUUGAUAACGAGACACUCUUAUUUGUAAACUCUCAUGAGUCUUCUGAAAUGUUAUUACUGGUAAUGUUCAAAAGAUUCCGACACCGUGCUGGAAAUCAUACAGACAUUAAAGGUUUAGAAACCAUGUUGUUGUUUUGUACUUCAGUUUCUUACUAUCAUUCAUUUCCUUACAAGAUAUUGCACAUAGGUCACGGCCACUCCUAGUAGAGUUUUGUUUACGCGAUCUCGCAAAUUGAGUCAUUGUUCUUACAGUAGAUAUAUGCAUCUGAGUUAGGAAUAAACUGAACACUUCAGUUUGAAUGGAUGAGUCAUUCUGAAGAUAUAAGUAAUGCAAAUAAUUAUUAGGUACUCGGCUACAUUUGGGGUACUUUGUAGACCUAUACUUUUCAGUAUAUUACCAUUUAUCAACGAACAAUAAAAUUAAUAGUAGUGGUUGCUUUUUAUAGAUGCUAGCUACCAUGGGGUAUUUUUUCAUAAUACUGGAAGUUACUUAUCACUAAAAAAUAAUCUAUCAUGGUUUUUCAUAUUCAUGCUCAUUCGUAUAAAAAAUUUGGACUAAGAUGUUUUCUCAGUAUGACCUUUCAAUUGAUGCACAUAAAUCAAACUUUUGAGAAAAAGCUAUCUAUUUCCAUAAAUCUUACUUUUCAAUCAAAAAGAACCACGAGAUUAUGUUUGAUAUGUUCUAAUGUAUUAUUUACUUUACGGAGUCUUCUGUUACGAGAGAUUGUAAUAUAAAUUUUUGUACGUUAAGACUCGAGUAUCAUUGUCACAUGUUAAAGAGAUAAUAUUAAGUUGGUUUAUAGUAGUUACAUUUAAAAUACAAGAUAGAAUACAGAAAGGAUAAAGACAAAAUGAAUUCGAGUAAAUCAAUGAGAUUUAAAAUAUUUUUCUCCAAAAAUAGUGUGCCCGAUAAAAAUUGAAUAAUCAUCAAAACUAUGAGGUAUAUGUAUGGGAGAUAAUAUCAGUGAUGUAUUGUAACGAGAUAAUGUUCUAAAACAAUUUUCGACUAUUCAUCUCUGACAUUGGACGGAAUCGUUGAUUGUUAAGUAAGUAUUUAUCAUAUUAUAUUUGAUUAAUAAAUUUUCGAUUGUCAAUCGAAAAAAAAAAUCUAAAACAAAGAAUCACUCGAUUAUAAAAGACAGUUAAUCCUCUAUCCAUCUCGAAAAUAAUAAUUUUUUGUUUAAACUAAAGAAUUCAAAUCUAGUAAACCAUAUUUGAAAAAACAAAAAGACGUUUUUUUAUUAUUCAAAAUUUCUGAUCAAUAAUUAUUGAUAAAAUAUCUAGGGUCGGCGUGGGUGUAGAUAUGAAGAAAAGAAAUACCCACACCCACACCCACACCUACACCCUGUCUCGAAAUAUUACGGGUGGGCCAUAAAGAAUGAGAGUGCUAUUAGUUUUUCAAUAUCUUUUCUAUUUCUCAUCGAAUCGAAUUGAAGUUUUUUCAAAAUAUUCAGCAUUUAAUUUGCAAGAAAACUUUACAUAAACGUAUUCCAUUUAUUUUAAAGGAAAAGCGUUAGCGAAACAUUAUUAGGAGCAUACUACUUCAACAAAUUUCAAAGGCACUACCAAGAAACAGACUAGAAUUAAGUAUCCUUCUUGAAUCUGUUUAAAUUUGCAUAGUUUUGUACAGAACUUGUAUUCACAUGAUUUGGCGUUUAAAACUCGGCAAGUCCAAAAAUAACUUGCUUUUACUGUGAUGAAGGAAGGCAAUAUUACUCUUCAAUGCUUUAGUGAAUGUGUCGUAUAGAUAUCGAACUCUGAUUUUCUAUUUUGAGGUGCUUUCAUGGGAGCUUUCUGUGGAAGUUUCAAUGAAUUCUAUUCUUCAUUUAGUAGAACUUCAAAAACUCUCUCCUAUAUGUUGAAGAAUUUUCACCAUGAAACUUUGUUGUAUCAAAAAUGCAAAAUUUUUAUCCCAUAUAAAAAAAAAAAGAUUUUUUAAAUCGUGAAGAAAGUCUUGUCUAGAUCAUACAUCGAAGUUUCAUUAUGACAAUUACUGAGUAUACUCAUGAGGUAAAACUUUCGGAGCUCGAUAGUUUUUAUUGUUUGGUUUGUCGAUAUAUUUCGCUGUAAGAUCGCAUAGGUGCAGAAAGUUUGUUUGCGUGUUAAACUGAAUCUUUUGGAACAAAAAAGUACAAUUCAAUUCGAUGAGAAGCAGAAAAGAUGUUGAGAAAAUAAGGAAAACCUCAUUAUUUAUGGCCCACCCGUUAUAUAGUCUGAAUGCUAGACAUUCUCUGGUAUGUGUUCGCUCUCUAAACCUUUUUUCUCAUAGUACGUAAUGAUUGACAACUACUAAUUAGAUAAGAAAUUAAAUUUUUAUUAAUACUUUUCUUAUGAAUAGAGAUUCAUGUUUCUUUUCGGCGAUCUUAGGUGAAAAGAUCGGUCCAGAUUAAUAUAAUAUUAUCGCGCAUACUGUCUUGAUAAGAAUUGUGUUG